AUGGAAAUUUAUUGUGAGAAAGUUAAGGAUUUAGUGUGUCCAAAGAAUGAUAAUUUGAAAGUUCGAGAACAUCCAGUUUUGGGUCCAUAUGUUGACAAUCUUGAAAAAAUUGCUGUGAAGUCUUAUGAAGAUGUCUUUGAAUUAAUGAAUGCUGGGGAUAAAGCCAGAACAGUAGCAGCUACAAAUAUGAAUUCAACGUCAUCACGUUCACAUGCAAUUUUUACAAUUGUGCUUACUCAACGAGAGCAUGUUAACAAUUUGGAUACUGAAAAAGUGAGCAAAAUUUCGUUGGUCGAUCUUGCUGGUAGCGAAAGGGCUGGUUCAACAGAAGGUCAAAGACUAAAGGAAGGUGCAAAUAUCAAUAAAAGCUUAACUACACUUGGACUUGUUAUCAAAAAAUUGGCUGAACAAUCAUCUAAAAGGAAAGGAAAACAACAACUUAGGGCGGCUGUCAUACCUUAUCGGGAUUCUGUGUUGACAUGGCUUUUAAAGGAAUCUCUUGGAGGAAAUUCAAAAACUGCAAUGAUUGCUGCGAUUAGUCCUGCUGAAAUUAAUUUUGAAGAGACUUUGAGUACAUUGAGAUAUGCUGAUAGUGCUAAACAAAUUGUUUGUCGUGCCAAAGUUAAUGAGGAUAUUAAUGCAAAAUUCUUUAGAGGACUUAAAGAGGAGGAUAUUUCCAAAAGAAAUUUUCGAGGAGUAAAUGUUGGAAAUGAUGCGACAAACGAGGACUAUUGUUUUAUUUCUCCAUUAACUGAUUUUUCCAAUUUUACUCACCCAAGAAAAGAAUGGAUGAAAUGGUAUUUGGAACUCAAGGAUCGUUUACCAGCAGUUGAAACAAUGGAAAUUGAUGACCCAUUUUCUUCAGAAAUGCCCGAUUUAAAAAUUAACGGACCUAAUGAUAUUGAAUCUCUUUCAAGAAUUCGGGAAUAUUUUACAAAUUUAUUGGCUCAAAAGAAGGGAUUUUUGGAGUCGGUUGAACAAAAUUCUCAAAUAUUUGAAGCAAAAUUAAAACAGCGUUUGUGUAAUGCCGAUUUAGACUAUCAAAAAUUAAAGGAUUCUGAAGAAGAAAUUAUUCGUUUAAAACAAGCAAAUGUUUCACAAACUGGACAGAUUCGACAACUUGAGCGUGAAAACAAAGCUUUACUUGUUCGUUUAUAUAAAUAUGAAAAUGCUCAAGAACAAGAGCGUCUACGUGGAGAAACUCAGCGUUAUGUGGAAGCUGAACGUGAAGCUGCACUUAAUAGUAAUCGGCGAACUAUACAAAAGGUUGCUGAAUUAUUCGAAUCACCUAUUCCAACAACUUCUAAUGUUGCCCGUUUGCGUAAAAAAUUUGGAAGUAAUAAUAAUGGGAGUGAUGAUAAUACUGACCAGGAAACAGACGAUGUUGUUGGUAGUGGUGGUGGAAGGAAAACUCCAAAAAUAGACCAAUCAUCACCAAAGAAACGCCGAAUUGAGGGUGCAACAACUGUUAAAUUUUAUGGAGUUAACCGAACACCUAAAACUCCAAGCUUUAUUAAUCCUCGUUAUCAGCGACGGUAA